AUCUUCUCACCGCCUCUGCAAAUGGAGACUGAGCGAAAGAUGGGCUUGUGCCAGGAGCCUUCUGGUGUUAUCAUAACGAAACGAAGACGUUGAUAGGAAUGUGCAGCGCCUAUGCAAUCUGUGCUUUGUAUUUCUCACACCACCGUUACUACCCCAAUGAAAUAGACGCAUAACUGUGACAGGAAUCUUUCAGAAACAGGUAAAAGAUGAGAUUUUGAUUCGGUCCUAUGUGAUAUCGUGCUUUCGCAAAGAAGGAGGAAAAAGAGAAAAAUUUUGCUUUGGACCGAAAGUACGGGCGUCAAGAUGAUGUUGUUGUACCCCUUCUGGCACUCUUUUUUUCGCUAUCAUCGCGUGAAGGCGGCGCAGCGGGGUCGCGUCUUACGGCUAAAAGUAGUAUCAUCAUGAUAAGUACCAGUUUGUAUAAGUAUAAAUAUAAGUAUCUAUAUCUAUAAGUUGUAUUCUAUCCUUUAUCUACAUUAGUUUCUUUUUGUUGGUCAAGGUCAUAAUCCUGGAAAUAUCACAAAGAUCAGAAGGAUGAAGAUCAUCAAAAUGACCAAGAUCGCCAGGCAAAAGGUUACCGGAGCACUAUCCAAACGCCCGACGGGUUUACCGUCGCGCGGGUGUCUUCGGCUUCUCCUCUCUCUCGUUUGUGGCUCAAGCCUCCCAACACAGUCAAGGACAAAACAGCGCCGGAAUGAUCUCAGAGAUAACCUACAGACCGCAACGCAUGUAGUUCCAAAAUCGAGGACCAACAGGCAAAAGACCUGCAACGGAUUCGGAUAGCCGAAAUAGUGACUGCUUCAUAGCUGUAGUCAGAUCCAGAGCGUCUUGUUGUAAUUAACUUCCAGCCUCCGACUUCCACUACUUCUUCUCAGUUACGCUUUCCAAGUGGAAUACCAUCGAGAUACGCUUGAGGCGCAGCUUCUUUUUCUUCUUCUUCUUCUUCUUCUUCUUCUUCUUCUUCUUCUUCUUCUUCUUCUUCUUCUUCUUCUUCUUUCUUUUCUAACAUAAGCGCAAAGCUUUGCUCCCUUCCGAAGUAUGGAGGUCACGUUCGAAUUCGCAUGCCCAUGAGGCGGGAGACGCGGGCGCGAUAGAAUCAGACUAAGACGACGAAGUUGCUGAAUAGACAUUGAAUUAAACAAGUAAAUUUGAAUAGACGAAGUUGCUGUUUUUGAAUUUUGCCAAAUCCAUCAUGAGUACUUUCUUAGGUUCUAGAAAUAUGAUUAUCAUCAGAAACAAGAUGCGUUUGCAAAACUCUUCAGAAUGUUUAUGUUUGUUGAUUUUUUGAUGAUGGGUGUGAUGUGUAUGUUGAUGAGCUGUGGAUAGCUACUAUUCUUCGGGGCACACAAAAAUUGAGACAGAACAAGGACAAGAUCAAUACUAUGCUGAUGAAGCGAUCCCGAUAGAUCGAUGAUUUUUUAAAAGAUCAUGUUAGACCGUACACGGUUAGAAAGUUAGACUUCCGAUGAUCGGUUGGCACUUCCUGUUCGUGCUCCUAAAUUACUUACAAAAAUUCAUAUUCAUAUUAGAAACUGCAAAGCAGUCCCAGUGUGAACAAGAAAGUCGCUAAAUAGAACUCAAAUAUGAUGCUGUUGAUCUUUCUUUUUCGGAAUGUUUGCCCUUGGGGUCGUUCGGAUUUGUUGUCGUGUGGCACACUCAGAAUGUGCUGAUCGAUCCUGGCUGCCGAUAAUUUCGGUGUACGGUGACGAG